AUGGCGGACGUACUCCUUGUAACGAAAGAAGACGAUGAUGAUUUCGAAAUUGAUGAAGAGGGAGACCAGGGUCUUCAGAAACUCAAGGAAAAAGCCAAGAAACGUAAAGGAAGAGGUUUUGGUGGAGAGGGUCCAACUCGAAGUGGUGUUGACCAGUUUGAAGGCAUGGAGAUACAUGUUGAUGAAUCUGAAGGUCCAGGCCCACAGAGAUCUGUUGAGGGUUGGAUUCUGUUUGUAACUGGCGUCCAUGAGGAGUCUCAAGAGGAUGACAUUCAUGAAAAAUUUGCAGAGUAUGGUGAAAUCAAGAACUUACAUGCUAACCUUGACAGGCGAACUGGUUUUCUCAAGGGGUAUGCGCUGGUUGAAUAUGAAACAUUCAAAGAGGCACAGAAUGCAAUGACAGCACUCAAUGGCACUGAGAUUUUGGGACAGAAAAUCAGCGUUGAUUGGGCAUUUGUGAGAGGACCUCGAAAAGACAGAUCAAGAAAGGAUGACAGACGAAGAAGAUAG